AUGUCAGGUGAAUUUAAUGGUUUGAAAGCUAAAAUUUUGAGAGAGAACAGCUCUGCAUAUUAUACACAUUGUUUUGCUCAUAAGCUUAACCUGGCUGUUGUGGCCAUUGCAAAGGAAAAAAUUGAUGUUGGGAAUUUCUUUGAUAUGAUAUCACUUUUGUUGAUUGUGGUUGGUUCAUCUUGCAAAAGAAAGGACAUACUUCGAGAGAGUCACCAAGAAGAAGUGAGGAAAGCAAUUGGAAGUGGAGAGAUUGCUACAGGAACCGGACUGAACCAAGAACUUGCUCUUCAAAGACCAGCUUUGACAAAUGGGCUGUCAAAAACAUUACAGAGAAAGGACAAAGACAUUUUAAAUGCAGUUUCAGAUGUGGAAUCCACCAAGCGAGAGUUGGAAAAGCUUAGAACUGAUGAGGGCUGGGAUUCUCUUUUGAACAAGGAAAAGAGUUCCAUGAUAGAUUCAAUGAGUGACGUGGAUAUGGUGACUCUUGAGCAUGAACUGGACCUGUACAUAGAUAAUGUACUCCAUGAUACACGGUUUGCUAUCUUGGAAAGCAUAGUUGAUUUAGCUAAACUGAUGGUGGAUACAAGGAAGCAUCUUUCCUAUUAUUUGGUCUACAGGGCUUUGAAACUAGCACUUACUCUUCCUGUUGCCACUGCAACCGUCGAGAGAUGUUUUUCAGCUAUGAAGAUUGUGAAGAAUGCUUUGCGGAACAAAAUUGGGGAUGACUAUAUGAGCCAUAACCUGAUUUGCUUUGUAGAAAAGGGUAUGCUAGACACAAUCACCAAUGAAGUGAUAGUCGAUGAAUUCCACAAGAUGAAAAAUCGUCGUGGGAAGAAUGCAGUGUAA